AGGCAAGACUUGACGGAUAGAUUAUGGUGCGCGGUGUUUCUGAGCGCUGCUCCUGCGGUGACCCGGAUGUAGCGGCGCUCUACCUCCACUCGUCUGAUCCUCUUAUCAGCGAAAGGCGGCCGAGAUGGAUGUUGUCAACCAGCUGGUCGCCACUGGACAGUUCACAAUCAUCAAACAGCCUUUAGGGUUCAUUAAAAUCUUACAAUGGUUCUUUGCCAUCUUUGCGUUCUCCACCUGCGGCGGUUACUCUGGAGUGUUUCGUAUGAGCGUGGAGUGUAAGAACCGCUCAGAGAGCGACCUGAACAUUGAGGUUGAGUUCGGCUACCCGUUCAGACUGCACCAGGUAUGGUUUGAUGCCCCUACGUGUAAAGGGCCGGAGCCUGAACGUCUGUUUCUGGUGGGAAACAACUCUUCCUCCGCUGAGUUCUUUGUCACCAUUGGUGUCUUUUCCUUCCUUUAUUCAAUGGCAGCCAUUUCUGUGUACCUCUUCCUCAUGGAGAAAUACCGCGAGGGAAACAAAGGAGCUCAGGCUGAUUUCGUGGUGACGGCUAUUUUUACCUUUAUGUGGUUGGUGAGUUCGGCGGCGUGGGCCAAAGGCCUCUCGGAUGUGAAGAGGGCCACUGACCCCGAUGAGGUCAUCAACCUCAUCCCUGCGUGCGACCGCGAGGAAAACCGCUGCAAAGAACUCCACGAGCCCGUGAUGUCUGGCCUAAACACUUCCGUGGCGUUUGGCUUCUGUAAUGUGGUCCUGUGGGCAGGGAACCUGUGGUUCGUCUUCAAGGAAACCGGUUGGCUUGCAGCUUUUGCUGGCACUUACAUGCCUUCAGGAGAGAAGCAGCCAGCACCAGACUCCUUCGGCCAGGGCUAUGGACAAGAGGGUUAUGGCCAGGACCCUUACGCCAGCUCUCAGGGCGGGUAUCAGCCCGACUACGGCCAGCAGGGCGGAGGAUAUGAAGGCGGAGGCUAUAAUCAGUACGGCCAGGGUGAGCCCACCUCCUUCUCCAAUGAGAUGUGAGCUCCAGCUCUGCACUGAUCACGGCGGGAGGACGGUCACGUGAUCAGCCAGCGUGGAAACGACUAGCUACUGUAUGUUUCCUCUCUCUUUAGUCUUUCUUCACGAGCACGGGGUUUAAAGGGAAGGGGUGGGUGAGGGCGAAAAGCACAUUUAGGGUUGAUGCUAAAUCACAGCCGAGGGAAAGCGCUUCGGACCCAGGAAGAGGUCAUAAAGUCCAUCACGUCUAAUCCAGCGGGAGAUCAUCCAUCCUAUUACGACGAGCAAAAACUUGAAUAUGCUACCAAAAAAAAAAAUGAAUGAAACCUAUGAUGUACACGUUGCAUACAGGGAGCCGUUUGAAUGAAUUAUAUAUGAAUUAUAGUCAUAUUAUACUGAAUGUGUUUGUCUGUGUGGUGUAAAUAUGAAUUCUAUUUAAAUACGUAGAUGUACUGUAUUGUGGAUUUAACUGUUGCUUUUUUGUGACUUCACUUGUAGUCUCCACGUUCGUUCGGUUUUCGUUUAUUGUAGUGGUGUUUUUAACCCCCGGAUGACCACUACACCUCAUCCCCCACCUCAAACCUCCUCCUGAACGUGUGCUUUUCUUUUUUUUUAUUCGUGUGAAACUUUCUUUCGAGGUUCGUGAGAACACAAAGAUUAAAUAGCAUAAAAGUAUUGUGUCGACCCACUACUAAUAGAGUUUGAUAGAUAGAUGAAACCGGUACAGGGAGAGAACGUACAGGUGAACAAGCACAAGAUUUAUUUUCUUUUAUUUCUAAUCUAAAGCACGUGUGUAUUACUGACGCCGAACGUCAUCAUGGGUGCUUCGGUGCUUGAUGUUUGGUUUCUCUAUCGCUCAGAGUUCAUUUCCACACGCUUUUUGGCUUUUUGUUCAGACUGAAACGGUGUUUCGAUGCCGUCUCUGUCUCUCUCUGCCUGUACAUGAAGGUCCGUGUAGCUUUCUUUCUCUCCCUCAUUAUAUGAUCUGAUAUUGCAAAAUAAAAUCAUGUUAGAGAA